GUCGGGGCCGCGAGACGCGUCGCGCAAAGUCGCGGUGGAACUUCGCUGCGGUGUACAGAUCUGGCGCUUGACGCUGCCGGGCACUGCUGAGGUGGGAGAUGUCGGCUGCGGGCCGGACGGAGCCCUUGGGUCCUCCCAGCGGCUUUGCGAAGCGGCUCCUGGUGACCGGGGGUGCUGGUUUCAUCGCAUCACAUAUGAUUGUUUCUUUAGUAGAAGAUUAUCCAAACUAUAUGAUCAUAAAUCUAGACAAGCUGGAUUACUGUGCAAGCCUGAAGAAUCUUGAAACCAUUUCUAACAAACAAAACUACAAAUUUAUACAGGGUGACAUAUGUAAUUCUCACUUUGUGAAACUGCUUUUUGAAACAGAAAAAAUAGAUAUAGUACUACAUUUUGCUGCACAAACACACGUAGAUCUUUCAUUUGUACGUGCAUUUGAGUUUACGUAUGUUAAUGUCUAUGGCACUCAUGUUUUGGUGAGUGCUGCUCACGAAGCCAGAGUGGAGAAGUUCAUUUACGUGAGCACAGAUGAAGUUUACGGAGGCAGUCUCGAUAAGGAAUUCGAUGAAUCUUCACCCAAACAACCUACAAAUCCUUAUGCAUCAUCUAAAGCAGCUGCUGAGUGUUUUGUACAGUCGUACUGGGAACGAUAUAAAUUUCCAGCUGUCAUCACGCGAAGCAGUAAUGUUUACGGACCACAUCAGUAUCCCGAAAAGGUUAUUCCAAAAUUUAUAUCUUUACUACAACACAACAGGAAAUGCUGCAUUCAUGGAUCAGGGCUUCAAACAAGAAAUUUCCUUUAUGCAACUGAUGUAGUAGAAGCAUUUCUCAUUGUCCUCAAGAAAGGGAAACCAGGUGAAAUUUAUAACAUCGGAACCAAUUUUGAAAUGUCAGUGCUCCAGCUUGCCAAAGAACUAAUACAACUGAUCAAAGAGACCAGUUCAGAGUCUGAAAUGGAAAACUGGGUGGAUUAUGUGAAUGAUAGACCUACCAAUGACAUGAGAUAUCCAAUGAAGUCAGAAAAAAUACAUGGCUUAGGUUGGAGACCCAAAGUGCCUUGGAAAGAAGGAAUAAAGAAAACAAUUGACUGGUACAGAGAGAAUUUUCACAACUGGAAGAAUGCAGAAAAGGCAUUAGAACCCUUUCCAGUACAAACGCCGUUUAUAUAGAAAGGACAGUUUUCAGAGAAAGAAGAACAUUAUCCUACCUCGACAAGUGAUAAGAAAUCAAGUGACAGAUGAAGUGUCUUCUUCAUACGGAAUCCGAUUCUUGACUGUUUGUAUAAAAUUCAAACGUAAAAUGCCUCAAUCUUCAGGAUAGUUUUAGUAUUGCCAUAGGAUUUAAAUAUCAAGAUUCUCUCAGAAACCUUUUCUCCUGGAAGUUUGGAACCAGGAGGGCUAGAAAGGCUUCUCUGUAGGAGGGAGGCCAGGAAGGUGGGAUAUCACGGUUCUGAGAACCAGGACGGGGAACAGCUCUGUGCGGAUGACAACCUUGCCUGGACUGAACUCAGCUUCCCAGCCUUUCCCACUGCACAGUAAGUCUCAAGUUUUCAUUCUUAGGCAAUAUAGGAUGAGGCAUAUGCCCUCAUUCAUCUUUUUUUAACUAUCUGAUGUGCUAUAAUUGUUUUAAAAUGGGAACAAUGGAAGCGUAUUUAGCACUUUUUAACCUUUAGUAAUUUUGUAAAAUUAAGUUAAAUGUUUUUUAAAAGAAGGAAGUAGUUUUUAUAUUUUCAAAGUCAGUUUUUGAACUAUAUAUAAGUAACUGCAUAUGAGAGAAAUGUUAUGUAUUUACCAUUUAAAAUGAUUUUAUUUAUAAAAUAUCAAUAUUUUAAUGUAUUUAAUGUAGUAUGUGGCUUUAUUUUUAGUGAGGUAUGUUUUUGUUUUGCUGUAGAAAAAAUGUUAUAUUACUUGAUUAAAUAUUUUUAAUUCCUCUGUCUCCUAAAGACUUUAAGACGACUUGAAAAAGCAACUGACUGGAUAUUGCACUGAGAAAGGGAAAGGAGUCCAAGAUUGUGCCCAGCCUUUCUGGCUUCCAUGCAUGAGUGGUGGCUUGUUUCCUCUGUGGAGUGGGUAACAAGGUCAUUAACUUGGAGGUGGCUAAAGGAGGGGGAUAAGAGUGGAGAAGGGCCUUGAGGAGGUCGAGAUUGAGAAAAGAAUAAGGAGAUCCAAAGUUAGUAAGAGGAUUUGCCAAACAAGAAUGAAGCACAAACUGAAAUUGAACCUUGUAAUUCCAGAAUUCUGAGAAGUAUCAAAAUAGAUUGAUCCAGAGGUGGGCAGAGUUGGAGUCAGGAGGGGCGGACGGAGCAGAAGGCUGAGAGAGUGACCAAAGUGAUGCUCACUGCUCCUAGUUGUGUAGGAAAGAAUGUGCCUCCUGGGGGUGGCCAGUAGCUAGAGGAAAUGGAGCAGGGGAACGGGCACAAGGGUGUGGAGGUGAGAGCGUGGAGAGACAAGGAAGUUAUAGGCAGAAAAUGGGACCAACUGAAAGCAAGUGGUCUUUGGUGAACUUUGGUCAUUGAGGGUAGAUGACAAAAUAAAAAACGUUUUUUCUGUGUCA